UGUCUCGUAUUUCACUUGAGAAAAAAUAAGUGGAGCCAUGGCGUCGACACCUUGCCUAGUGUUUGUAUUGUGUCUGAGUUUAAUUUCGCUAGUUGAAGGUGAUGACUGCUUGCCCUACUUUGACUCCAACUCUGGACAUCACUCCAGCAAAGACUGCCCAACCUUUCAGUUUUGCUGUGGCGACUGCGACGAGAGAUACUGUUGCUCCAACUCUCUCAGAAAGUUUGAUGACGAUGAUCAGAUGAAGUGUGUUUUUAGUGGCCCAAAUAACAUUGUCACGAUCACUAGCGGUGUGGUGACUUUGAUCAUCAUAAUCAUCCUGAUCAUCUCAUGCUGCGUCUGCCCCUGCUGUUGUCUGUACAAGAUGUGCCGAAAGCCCACACCGGUGGUGGCAACUACUACCCACACCACCACAGUGACGCAUGCGCCAUACCCCCAGCAGCCCAACUCAGCCCAGGCUUACCAGGGUGCUCAGUACCCAGGGUACCAGCCUGUGCCAGUGCAGCCAGGGUACGGGGGACAACCUGUGCCCACCGCACCCUAUCAGGGACAGCCAUACUCCCCAGCACAUUCGAGUCAGUUCUCCGGACCUCCCCCUCCAUACCAAGAGCCUGGACCAGGAUAUCCUUCAGCCCCAGCACCAUAUAGCCAAGCAGCAUUUGAUGCAGGACAUCCAGCCUACCCUCUCCACCCCCCGGUACAGCCAGGAUACCCCCCACAACCAGGAUACCCCCCACAGCCACCAACACAGCCUGAUUAUAAUUCCGCCCAGCCUGCCUACAACCCAGCCUUUGUGGAGCCCCCAAAGACUGGAUACUAACUACAACAGCAGCAACUGACAGCUCUGCUCUUUAUUGUUGGUUACACUGGCUCAAACAAUUCAGUGAUGCAGCCCAGUCAGGGGGGUUUCAUGAUCAUUUAGACUUUUUUUGUAAUUGGCCCAAAUUGGCAAUUGCGUUGGAUGCAUGCACAUUUGCAAAUACACAUUUAAAAAAAAAACCCAUGCAUGAAACUUCCAAUAUAGUAUACAUCUUCUCCUUGAUCCGUAAAUUCAAUAAUUCUUUCCUCUGUGCUCAGAAUUGUGGAAUGUCUUUAUAUUUCACACACUGCCUAUAUUAAGUGUUCUUUUCUUGUGAUUCAUGUAUGUUGUCCUUUAGCUGGUUUAAAACUAACAUCAAAAGGGAAUAUGUACUGGAGUAGUCUUCAAUCACAGUCCAUGCUGUCAGUAAAUAUAAAUUUGGAUAAACUAGUUUGUCUAGAAUAAUGUUCCUUUAUAAGUGAAAUGUUUUAAUUAUGUAAGUUCACAGAAGUAGGAUUUAUACAGUGUUAAGGAAAUGAAGUCCUUUUGGGUAAAGUGUUGAGUAUUAUACGUGCAUGUGGUUAAGUUCCUGUGUGUUGCUUGUGAAAAGUCUGUGAAUAGACGCAUGCAGUAGAGGGUGUGGAAGUGGCUUGGCGACAACCUUGAUUUACUGUUGUGUGAACGAGUGCAAGGCUGUUUUGGAUGAUGAAACAAAUGCAGAGGCCUUGCUGUUGCAGGAUCCGUUUCCUCUUCUAC